AUGUCUUUGGGUCUCAAGGGGCCGCUGUUCUGCGAUGUCUGCGGUCGCAAGUACUUCCACGUGAGCUCCCUGGCGCUGCACAAGAAGGUUCAUGAAGGCCUGACGACGUGCGUCAUCUGUGGCAAGGUCUCCAGCAAGGUGGCCAACCUGCGCAGACACCUGGAGAACUCACACAAACUGUCCCAGGAAGAGAUACGGCGCUUGGUUCCGUCGGCCGGCCUGUCCGCUGUUCCAGAGGGCGAGCGGUGCCGGUACCAGUGUGACCUGUGCGGUCACGUUUACCGGCGGCGCGACUCUCUGACCGACCAUCGGCUCCACCAUCUGGGACGGACCGCCUGCCACGUCUGCGGUGCCGUGUACAGCACGGUGCGCAGCCUUCGCCGCCACCUGCGCGACGUGCACCGGCUGCCGGCCGACGAGGUGCGCCGCAACACGGAGCUGGACGCCCCGGCCGGCCCUGCGCCGCUCUGA